UUCCUAUAUGUCUGGUAGGACUAAUGAAUGAAUUAUUGGCAUGCACUGAUGGAGAUAGCAAGAUGGGUCAGACACACAUGACAAUCACUGGAAAUACCAGGAAUCCACGCUUCCUGGAAGGUGAGUGGCUGGGCUCACCCCUGCCUGCCACCGAGACGCAGACAUGCACACACCACCCGCACUCCCUCGCCGUUUCCAAGGCGGCGGCCGCGUUCGCACCCCAGGGUCUCACCGGCAAGGGAAGGAUAAUCUGGAGAGGGAUCCCUCAGGAGGGUGUGUUCCGGAUUUCUUGCCUCAGGCCCAAGACUCCAACCAUUUUAUAAUGGAAUCUUUAUUUUGUGAAAGUAGCGGGGACUCAUCUCUGGAGAAGGAGUUCCUCGGGGCCCCAGUGGGGCCCUCGGUGAGCACCCCCAACAGCCAACACUCUUCUCCCAGCCGCUCACUCAGUGCCAACUCCAUCAAGGUAGAGAUGUAUAGUGAUGAGGAGUCCAGCAGACUGCUAGGACCAGAUGAGCGGCUCCUGGAAAAGGAUGACAGCGUAAUUGUAGAAGAUUCAUUGUCGGAGCCCCUAGGCUACUGUGACGGGAGUGGGCCAGAGCCUCACUCCCCUGGUGGCAUACGGCUGCCCAACGGCAAGCUCAAGUGUGAUGUCUGCGGCAUGGUCUGCAUUGGACCCAACGUGCUCAUGGUGCACAAGCGCAGCCAUACAGGUGAGAGGCCCUUCCACUGUAACCAGUGCGGUGCCUCCUUCACCCAGAAGGGGAACCUGCUGCGCCACAUCAAGCUGCACUCUGGAGAGAAGCCCUUCAAAUGUCCCUUCUGCAACUACGCCUGCCGCCGGCGUGACGCACUCACCGGCCACCUCCGUACACACUCAG